AUGAUGACCAGUCAACGUUUCACCAGUCUUGCAUUAGAUAAACACCAAGUUCAGCUUCCAAUUGAAGGUUACGAACAGAUGCCUCUUGUUUCACUUGAAGAAGCAGUAUUACCACUCCUCGAUCUACUCUCAGACAUACAACGAAUGGUGCGUACUGCCAAAAUGAAAUGUGAACAACCAGCCGACGGUCUAACGUCAGAUGAAUCAGCUGCAAUCAUGCUGUAUACGAUGGAAUGGACACCAUCGGAAAAAUGUCUCUAUUUCGUGCUGAAUUCAGUCUUGCGCACAGCCGAUCAACAAGUAAUCAAACCAUGGCUCCUCUAUUUAAAGCUUAUUCGUACUGCUCUGUCACGUCUACCGUCAAAAACGGGAACCGUUUAUCGUGGAGUGAAACUCGAUUUAAGUUCACAACAUUCUAAAGAUGAGAAAUUCUAUUGGUGGAGUUUCUCAUCGUGCACAAUGACAAUGAAUAUUUUGAAAUCGGAUCAAUUUCUUGGUGGUACCGGCAUACGUACUUUAUUUGUGAUUGAAAGUACGAAUGGCAAAGACAUUAGUCGACAUUCUUUUUAUCAACGAGAAGAGGAAAUCUUACUAUUGCCUGCAACUCGAUUUCAAGUCAUUGCGUGUCUUCCAUUUGGACCAGAUGUGCACAUUAUACAACUAAAGGAAAUCAAAUCUGAAUUUCCACUUUUGGAAUCUAAGAUGUGA